UGUUCAGCCAAGUUCAGCUCAGUCCUCUUCCAGGCUGCGAAGAGUUAUUCUCUCCUGCUCCAUUUCCUCCCUUUUAUUUUUUUUCCUACUUCUCUCUCAAUGGUUUUGUUUUCUCAUCUGUUUGGUCACUGCUGUGUGCUUUGUGCACGGGGAGGGGGGGAAUCCGGACACGGAGAGGAUGCGCUUUUACGCACGGGCGACAAAAAAACACCUAAAGUUGUCUCCUUCUUCCACGCCGGGGAGGUUUUAGAGGAGAUCUAGAUGAUCUUUUUCUGGUUUGAGUGAACAAUGCUGCAGGUUCUUGGCGCUCUGACCGGGAGCAUGCUCUGGUUUCGGCUCCAGCUUCUACUGCUGUGCGUCGUGGAGUUGGGAUCCGGAGAGUCGACCUUCCAGGGGUUUUAUCUGCCACCUGCGAGCGGCUCGCUGCUCGCACCUGCACGGAUGACGGACGGGGUGGUGAGGACCAUCGAUCGGAUUUACAACGGUGGAGGAAAGGUGGGCUACCUCGUGUACCUGGAUGGAAAGCGAUUCCAGCUGGACAUGGAGCGGGAUGCGUCGGUGCUGUCGCAUCACUUCAGCCCGCAGUAUGUGUCCGCGAUGAUGGGACAGAGCCCCCUGCCUCUGCAGCGGGAAUGCGCGUACCGCGGGACGGUCAACUCCAUUCCGGAGUCCCUGGCUGUCUUCAGCCUCUGCGGAGGAGGUCUGGAGGGCUUCUUCGCCGUCAACAACUCGCGCUACACCAUCACUCCAAUCGUUCGCGCGAAGGGACAUGAGCGCGACCUGCGCACCCUGCACGACCGGGAUGCGGAGAGCGCGCUCCACGUGUUCACGCGUGAAAGCUUCAGCUUCCAGGCUCUGAGCGAGGGGCGCGAGAGCUGCGGCACGCGCGACGGGAGGAGAGGGCGCAGGGACGCGGCAGGAAGAAGGCGAUCCCGAGCUGGAAGAAAGGGUGGAGAGGAUGGAAGCGACGCACGAGGGAGGAGGUGGUGGAGCCUCCGCGUCAAAGAGCCCGGCGCGCGACCCAAGAGGUCAGUAUCCCGCGCCAGGCACGUGGAGCUGCUCCUGGUGGCGGACGACACCAUGACCAAGAAGUACGGCAGGGACUUGAACCACUAUUUGCUCACACUGGCCUCCAUCGCGUCCAAGCUGUACGGCCAUGCCAGCAUAGAGAACCCCAUCCGGCUGUCCGUGGUGAAGGUGAUCGCGGUCACGGAGAAGGAGAAGGGGCUGGAGGUGUCCAAGAACGCGGCGGCGACGUUGAAGAGCUUCUGCAAGUGGCAGAACCAGCAGAACCCGUUGGAUGAUGACCACCAGCAUCACCACGACGCUGCCAUCCUAUUCACCAGGCAGGAUCUAUGCGGCCACCACUCCUGCGACACUCUGGGCAUGGCGGAUGUCGGCACCAUCUGCUCUCCGGAGAGAAGCUGCGCCGUCAUCGAGGACGAUGGCCUUCACGCUGCCUUCACUGUCGCUCACGAGAUAGGUCACCUUCUUGGAUUGUCUCACGAUGAUUCGAAGUUUUGCGAAGACCGUUUUGGGGUCAACAGUCAAAAGCAGCUCAUGUCUUCCAUUCUUACCUCCAUCGAUGCCUCCAAACCCUGGAGCCACUGUACUUCAUCCACCAUCACCGAUUUUUUUGAUGAUGGAAAUGCCGAGUGUCUCCUCGACUCUCCUCGCCAGCCCCUUCUCGGGCCAGAAGAGCUUCCAGGCCAGAGCUAUGACGCUGUCCGACAGUGUCGCCUGGCCUUCGGGCCAGAGUACACCGUCUGUCCAGGCAUGGAUGUAUGUUCCCGCCUUUGGUGCGCCGUGAUUCGCCAGGGACAGAUGGUCUGUCUAACCAAGAAGCUUCCAGCAGUGGAGGGAACGCCAUGCGGGAAGGGCCGCAUUUGCCUGCAGGGAAAAUGUGUGGACAAGACCCGAAAGAAGCACUAUUCGGCAUCCAACCACGGCAGCUGGAGUUCUUGGGGAUCUUGGGGUGCAUGCUCUAGAACCUGCGGUGGCGGGGUGCAGUUUGCCCAGCGUCUGUGCAACAACCCAGCACCCCGAAACAACGGGCGUUACUGCAUAGGAAAGAGAGCCAUCUAUCGGACUUGUAAUGUCUCUCCACCGUGCCCGGCUUCCAACAAGAGUUUCCGUCAAGAACAAUGUGAGGUUCGUAAUGGUCCCCAGACUGACCCUAAAGGGGUGAAGACCUUCGUCGAGUGGGUGCCGAAGUAUGCAGGAGUUCUCCCUAAAGAUGUGUGCAAGCUGACAUGCAGAGCAAAAGGAACGGGCUACUACGUGGUAUUCUCUCAUAGGGUGGUGGAUGGGACCGAGUGCCGCCCUCACAGCAGCUCUGUAUGCGUGAAAGGGAAAUGCAUACGUACUGGCUGCGACGGCAUCAUUGGCUCCAAGCUCCAGUUCGAUAAAUGCGGUAUAUGUGGAGGCGACAGCAUGGGGUGUAUAAGGGUAGUUGGGAACUUCACCAAAAAGAGCAAAGGAUACACUGAUAUAGUAAAGAUCCCUGCAGGUUCCACUCACGUUAAAGUCCGUCAGCACUUGGCCAAGGACCAGACCCGCUUCACUGCCUACUUGGCCCUCAGACGGCCAGGUGGCGAGUACCUCCUAAACGGCAAGUUCAUGAUCUCGACCUCAGAGACGAUCAUCCCACUCAACGGUUCUUUGCUCAACUACAGCGGCUGGACUCAGCGAGAUGAAUGGCUCCACAGCAUGGGCCCCGGGGCUCUCAAAGAAGCUUUGGUUGUCCAAAUUCUUGCUACAGAUGCAAAAAAGCCCCUUGAUGUCCGUUACAGUUUCUACAUGCCGAGGUGGACAGCCCCACAGCAGAAUUUAAAUGCAAAGUUGAACUCUUUAAAGAGCACCACCACAGCGUCUACCACCACAAGAUCCACCACAAUCAGCACCACUACAGCUACCCCUACUCCCGCUGCUUUAGCCCUAAUGCCAACGACACCUGUUCCCUCAACCCCUUCUCCAGGUCCCAAGUGGGUAACGGGACCUUGGAUGACAUGCUCCAGGACUUGUGAUACUGGCUGGCAGAGCCGGACGGUACAGUGCAAGGACCAGGAUGGCAAACUGUCUAAGGGCUGCGUUCUGAAUGCCCGCCCCUCUGCUUUUAAACACUGUUUGGUGAAAAAAUGCUGAAGCAGCAGGAGAGGAUGUACAUAGAAAGACAAUUCAAUCUAUGGAUCCGCAGUGUUGGAUGUACGACUUUCAACCAGUGCAUUUAAGACAUGGAGUCUUAAAAAAGAUUAUGAAUGUUGCUGCGUAAUGUUUUGAGAUUUAAAGACGGACUACAGAAAAUGUACAGGACCAUGUUUGACAUAGGAAUGACCUGGAAUCCUUCUAGCUAUGCAGAACAUAAGCAAAACAGAGAGGUAGCGCCCGAGCAUAGCUAAGGACUUAAGUUGCAUGCAGUUUCCACAUGGACAAUAAAUGGGUGUCUUUGCUUCACCCUGUUAUAGCA